CACGCCGGAAGCGAACAGGCGGACACGCCGCACAGCCGCUGCUGACUCUCCUGAUGUUGAACCGGAGCGGAGACACGUGAUGAGUUAAGUUUCCAUGAAGAUGAGAGGAACCUGCCUGAGCGCAGCACAGACGUCUGAACCUGCCCUGGAGGAGAGUUAACCACCCAUGGCCUGCCAGUCUGCAGUCAUGGACGAGCAGGCCCUGCUGGGGCUCAACCCCAACGCCGACGCCCGCUACAGGCAGAGGGCGAUGGCGUACUUCGAGCAGCUGAAGGAGUCCCAGGGCGCCUGGGAGGUUUGUGCUGAGGCGCUCGCUAAAGGAAUUUACAAUGACGAUCACGUGAAAUUCUUCUGCUUCCAAGUUCUGGAACAUCAGAUCAAGUUCAGACACGCUGGUCUGAGCGUGGUCCAGCAGCAGAUGAUCCGAGAGACUCUGAUGAAGUGGCUCCAGGGUCAGCUGAUGAACGCUCAGCCGGAGAAGCCCUUCAUCAGGAACAAGGCGGCGCAGGUGUUCGCCCUCACCUUCGUGAUGGAGUACCCGGCGCUGUGGCCCAAGUUCUUCUUCGACGUCCUGUCUCUGGUGGGUCUCAACCCGAACGGCGUGGACGUCUACCUCCGGACGCUGAUGGCCAUCGACGCUGAGGUGGUGGACAGAGACAUCCUGCACUCGCCCGAGGAGACUCGUAGGAACAUGUUGAUCAAAGACGCCAUGCGGGAGCAGUGCAUCCCGAGCCUGGUGGAGUCCUGGUUCCAGAUCCUGCAGACGUACCAGCGCUCUCACCCGGAGAUCACCUGCCAGUGCCUGGAGGUGGUCGGAGCCUUCGUGUCCUGGAUCGACCUCAACCUCAUCGCCAACGACCGCUUCGUGAACCUGCUGCUGAGUCAGAUGUCGGUGGCCGAGCUGCGGGAGGAGGCCUGCGACUGCCUGUUUGAAAUCGUCAACAAAGGAAUGGACCCAGUGGAUAAAACCAAACUGGUGGAGUCUCUGUGCCGAGUGCUGCAGUCUGCAGGAUUCUUCAACGUGGAGCAGGAGGACGACGUGGACUUCCUGGCUAAGUUCUCCCGGCUGGUGAACGGGAUGGGCCAGAGUCUGGUGCUCAGCUGGACCAAGCUGGCCAAGGCGGGCAGCGUGAAGGAGGCGGCCGACACGCUGCAGGCGCUGGAGGCCAAGGUGCCGCUGCUGCUGCAGCUGCUGGUGCACGAGGACGACGACAUCUCCGCCAACAUCGUGGGCUUCUGCUACGAGUACCUGCACGUCCUCAAACAGCUUCCUCAGUUGACGGAUCAGCAGAAGACGAGCAUCGAGGCCGUCAUGCUCGCCAUCAUGAAGAAGCUGACCUACGAUGAAGAGUACAACUUUGAGAACGAGGGCGAGGACGAGGCCAUGUUCGUGGAGUACAGGAAGCAGCUGAAGAUGCUGCUGGAUCGUUUGGCUCAAGUUUCCCCUGAUCUGCUGCUGGAGGCCAUUCUCCGAGUCUUCACCAACACCAUGCAGAACUGGCAGACGGCCUCGUUCUCCGAGGUGGAGGUCUCCAUCAGGCUGCUCUACAUGCUCGGCGAGGCCCUGCCGGCGUCUCACGGAGCUCAUUUCUCCGGUGAGACGGUGAAGACGAGCGCUCUGCAGGACAUGAUGAGGACGCUGGUGUCGUGUGGCGUCAGCAGCUACCAGCACAGCUCCGUGUCUCUGGAGUUCUUCGAAACCGUCCUCCGGUACGACAAGUUCUUCCUCGUGGAGCCGCAGCACAUUCCCAAUGUUCUGAUGGCGUUUCUGGACCAAAGAGGACUGAGACACAACAGCCCGAAGGUCCGAAGCAGAGUCGCCUACCUCUUCUCCAGAUUCGUCAAAACGCUGCAUAAACACAUGAACGGCUUCAUCGAGGACAUUCUGACCCGGAUCCAGGAUCUGCUGGAGCUCGCUCCUCCUGAGAACGGCUUCCUGGCGCUGCUGACCAGUGACGACCAGCUCUUCAUGUUCGAGACGGCUGGGAUCCUGAUCGUGAACGGGGAGAGUCCGGCGGAGAGGAAGCAGGCUCUGAUGAGGAGUCUGCUGGCGCCGCUGAUGGACGCCUUCCACCCGCUGCUCGCCAAACUGCUGCAGGAGACGGAGGAGGAGCGACAGGCCGCCCUCGCCGACUGCCUGAGCCACGCCGUCGGAUUCGCCAGUCGGACCAGUAAGGCGUUCAGCAACAAGCAGACGGUGAAGCACUGCGGCUGCACCGAGGUCUACAGGGACUGUCUGCAGACCUUCCUGCCUGCACUGAGCUGUCCUGUCCAGCGGGGGGCGCUGCGCAGCUCGGUCCGCUCCUUCCUGCACCGGAUGAUCAUCUGCAUGGAGGAGGAGGUGCUGCCCUUCGUCCCCGCCGCCUCCGAGCACAUGCUGAAGGACUGCGAGGCCAAAGACCUGCAGGAGUUCAUCCCGCUCAUCAGCCAGAUCACCGCCAAGUUCAAGCGGCAGGUGUCCCCCUUCCUGCAGCAGGUCUUCAUGCCGCUGGUCCUCGCCAUCUUCGAGGUUCUGGCUCGGCCGGCGGAGGACAACGACCAGGCGGCCGCCCUGGAGAAGCAGAUGCUGCGAAGGAGCUACUUCACCUUCAUCCAGACCAUCACCGGCAGCGGCAUGAACGAGGUGAUGGCCAACCAGGGAGCUGAAAACAUCGAGCGGGUGGUGUUCACCAUCAUCCAGGGGGCGGUGGACUUCCCCGACCCCAUCGCACAGAAGACCUGCUUCAUCGUCCUCUCCAAGCUGGUGGAGCUGUGGGGAGGUAAAGACGGGAUGGUGGGAUUCCCCGACUUCAUCUACAAACACAUCGUCCCUGCUUGUUUCCUGGCUCCUCUCAAGCCGACCUUUGACCUCUCUGACGCUCAGACCGUCCUGACUCUGUCAGAAUGUGCCGUCACGCUGAAGAUGAUCCAUCUCAAACGGGGGCCCGAGUUCAUCCAGUUCUUACAACAGGAGUAUCUGCCCUCGCUGCAGGUGGCGCCAGAGAUUUCACAGGAGCUUUGUCAAGUUCUUCAGCAGCCGGACGUCAAAGUCCUGAAGAACUACAUCAAGGCGUUCUUCCAGCGAGCGAAGCUGUAGGACAUGAAACUGGAAGUUCACUGGGACUGAAGGACUCUCCACAGGAAGUGGGCGGACACGCUGCUUUACAACAAAACUACAAAUGGAACUUAGCAUAGGAGCUGCUCUUGCACUUAAGAAGUAAAUGCACAACAAAGCCCCGUCCGUCUGAGUCAGGGAGACGGACAGAAGGUCAGUGGACGUAUCAACGUCCUCAGCGCCCGAGAGACGAGCUGUCCACGUGGACUCGAGACGUGGAGGACGCUCGGAGAACUUUGUGUGGAAAGGACUUUGAGACGGGGGGGGGG